AUGGCAAACGAAUCCACUGAAUUAGGGAAAGUCGUCGACUACAAAGACUGGCAGAUAUCAUUAUCACGAAGAUUCCAAGCCUUAAAGUUAUGGAUGGUGCUAAUGAGCUAUGGGACGACUGCUUUGUGGGAAUACAUAAGAAAGCAUGUGAAAAUGGCCAAGGAUAUUGAAGGCCUUGUCAACAUGGACGCUAGGUUUGAGAUUAUGGUGCCACGAUACUUUUCUAUGGUUUGUUUUAGAGUUUCUCCAUAUGCUAUUAGUCAGCACCGUGACAACGACCAUAAAGCAAAUGAAUUGAACCAGAUGUUAUUGGAAUUGGUGAAUGCAACCGGGCGAUUUUACAUGACGCAUUCUGUGGUUGGAGGAGUUUAUAUUAUCCGAUUUUAUGUGGGGGCAGGUCUCACCGAAGACAGACAUGUAAAUAUGGCUUGGAGUUGGUGCAAGGUGAAGCAACUUCCCUUCUCGGUGAACCAAGACUAG